UUGCGGCAUUUCGUCGUUAAAGAUGGUUCGUCAUUCUCGACCUUAAUUUGCAGACACGAAGGAAUUUAUUCGUUUUUAGAAGAUGCGCACACUUUCAAAGAUUGUCAGCACGCUUUUAUCAACACGCUAACACGUGGAGAUGUAUCUUCCCUUACCUGGUUCGAGUCACCUAACCAGUAUUUCGAUGUGAUUGAGGGCAAGAGAAGCACUCAUGAGCUUUGCUCUGUGUACUAUGCUCCGAUCAACUUCCGUGACGUCAUGCUGGCAUACGGUCGUCUGCCUCCAGACGCCAUCCCCGGCAACUUCGCAGAUCGUGAAUGUCUUCUUGGAAUGGAAUUCGCUGGAAAGCUGAAGGACGGCACACGUCUUAUGGGCAUCCUUCCCGCUCAGGCUCUGGCAACGACGGUCAUCGUCGAUCGUGACUACGCCUGGGAAGUGCCGGAGCAAUGGACCUUGGCUGAAGCCUCCACCGUGCCUGUUGUGUACACGACUGCCUAUUAUGCCCUUGUGUGUCGUGGACGCAUCAAGAAGGGUGAAAAAGUGCUAAUCCAUGGGGGAGCUGGAGGUGUGGGACAAGCUGCCAUCGCGAUUGCACUUGCAAAAGGUUGUGAGGUCUUUACAACAGUCGGCUCGCAGGACAAGCGUGCUUACCUGAAGAAGAAGUUCCCUCAGUUGCAAGAGCAUCAUUUUGCCAACUCGCGAUCCGCUGAUUUCGAGCUCCACAUUCGCCAGUACACCAAGGGACGAGGUGUGAACAUUGUCCUGAACUCGCUCGCGCAUGAGAUGUUACAAGCAUCGUUACGGUGUUUGGCUCGGCAUGGAAGAUUCUUGGAAAUUGGAAAAGUUGAUCUGGCGCAGAACUCCUCGCUUGGAAUGUCGAAACUACUCGAUAAUGUCUCCAUUCAUGGCAUUCUCCUUGACUCGAUCAUGGAUCCUACUGUUGGAGAUAUCGAAGAAUGGAAAGAAGUGGCUCGUUUACUAGAAGAGGGCAUCAAGAACGGAGUCGUACAACCGCUGCCAGCUUCGCUGUUCCCAUCUGACAAGGCAGAAGAUGCUUUCAGAUUUAUGUCCGCUGGACGACAUAUCGGAAAAGUUGUAAUGGAAAUCCGAAAGGAAGAAGCAGAUCGCUCUGCUCCGCCGUCGCCAAUCUCAGUCCGUGCCAUCUGCCGCACUCUCUGUCAUCCUCAGCACGUCUACCUCAUUACCGGCGGCCUUGGUGGCUUCGGACUUGAGCUUGCCCAAUGGCUUAUUAAUCGCGGAGCAAGAAAACUUGUUCUUACCUCUCGAACUGGUAUUCGUACUGGAUAUCAGGCACGAUGUGUGCAUUUCUGGCGAAGAACUGGCAUAUCCGUGUUGAUCUCUACGCUGAACAUUGCCAAGCGGUCAGAUGCAGAUGAGCUGAUACGGCAGUGCUUGACCAUGGGUCGACUAGGAGGAGUUUUCCACCUUGCUAUGGUCCUUCGUGAUUGUCUGUUCGAAAACCAAAACGUCCAAAACUUCAAAGACGCGGCGGAAGCGAAGUACUACGGAACGAUCAAUCUUGAUUACGCCACACGCGACCACUGUGACGAAGCCCUGCGAUGGUUCGUCGUGUUCUCGUCCAUCACCUCCGGUCGUGGAAAUGCCGGCCAGACCAACUACGGCUGGUCAAACUCCACUAUGGAGCGUAUGAUAGAGCAACGUCGAGAAGAUGGCUACCCAGGAAUCGCUAUUCAGUGGGGAGCGAUCGGAGAUGUGGGAGUUAUCCUGGAAAACAUGGGAGACAACAAUACUGUCGUCGGUGGCACCCUUCCACAGAGAAUGCCGUCCUGCCUCGCAUCGCUGGACAUGUUCCUGUCGUGGAAUCAUCCUAUCGUUUCUUCCUACAUAAAGGCCGACAUGGGACAAAAGAAAGCAGCGGGUGGUGGCAAUCUUCUUCAGACUAUCGCACACAUCCUUGGCGUAAACGAUGUCUCACAGCUGAAUCCCGACGCGAAUCUAGGAGAUCUCGGACUCGACUCGCUGAUGGGGGUUGAGAUUAAGCAAGCGCUUGAGAGGGAUUACGAUAUCGUACUGUCAAUGAAGGACAUCCGCACGCUUACCCUGAAUAAAUUGCAAACAUUAGCUGAGAGCGGAGGACAGGGCGAUACAGCUCUUCAGCCGACUGAACUCGAUAUGAAACUUGAAACUGAACGCGAUGCCGAGCAAAAUACUGUAGAAAUGCUGGAGAAACAGAUGAACCAAUUGUUCAAGAUGAGAGUAGAUGUUAAUGAUCUCGAUCCUCAGGAUAUAGUUGUGAAAUGUAACAAGAUCGAAGAAGGCCCUGUCACGUUCUUCGUGCAUUCCAUUGAGGGCAUCGCUACUCCUCUGAAACGUGUCAUGACCAAAUGCAACUUCCCCGUUUAUUGUUUCCAAUCAACCAAAGAUGUCCCACAAGAUUCUAUUGAAAGCGUUGCAGGAUGCUAUAUUAGAGAAAUGAAGAAAAUCCAACCAAAAGGCCCAUACCGACUUGUAGGAUACUCCUACGGAGCAUGUAUCGGAUUCGAGAUGGCCACUAUGCUGCAAGAAUCCGACGGCCCUUCGGCUGUAGAACGGCUAAUCCUCCUCGACGGAUCUCAUUUGUACAUGCAAACGUAUAGGAAUGUAUACCGAAUGGCUUUCGGAGUCACAGGAGACACUCUUGUGAACAACCCACUAUUUGAGUCAGAAAUCAUGUGCGCUAUGACUCUUCGGUUUGCGAACGUUGACUACAAGAAGUUCCGCGUUGAGCUAUUGCAACAGCCUGGAUUCAAAGCCCGGAUACAGAAGGUCGUCGACACUGUGAUGACGACUGGUUUGUUCAAGUCGCCGGAAACUAUCGCCUUCGCGUGUGAAGCCAUGCGGUCCAAGUUUUUGAUGGCUGACAAGUGA